AUGUCGGAACUAGAGCAUGAGAAUGAGAACCCUAUCCCCAUACCCAUUCCUCAUCGCGCAACCUCCAUCCUCGUCAUCGGCGCCGGCGAACUCGGCACGGCGAUCCUAGCCGCGCUGACCUCGCACCCACAGUACGACCCAUCGAGGACCAAAGUUGCACUGGCCCUGCGCCCAACCACCCUCGGCAACCCGACGCCCGAGAAGCGCGCACAGCAAGACCGGUUUCGCAGCCAGGCCAUCGACCUCGUGGCGGCGGAUCUGGAAGCCUGGUCCGAAGAUGAACUGGUCACCAUGCUCCGCGCCGGUGGGUACACGACGGUUCUGCAUGCGGGUGGCUUUGGCGCCGCGUCGGGCACAAUGACCAAGUUGACCCGGGCGGUGUUAAGGGCUGCAGCAUCCGCAUCCGCCCACAACUCAGAAACGGAGAUGGCAAGCGCGAAGGGGAACGAGCAUAGGAACGAGGGUGAGAAUGGCAAUGGUAACGUCGAGUUCUACGUGCCCUGGCAGUUCGGGGCGGAUUAUGAUACCAUCACCCGCGCCGGCGGCCAAGGCAUGUUCAGCGAGCAGCUGGACGUGCGGGAUUUGCUACGGUCCCAAGGGAAGGUCGACUGGGUCAUUGUCAGUUGUGGCAUCUUUAUGAGUUUCUUGUUUGAGGAGUUUUGGGGCGUUGUGCAGCGACGUAGGGAGGGGGUGUCACACCGAAAGGCUGAUGUAGCAGUUGAGCCACAACAGGGAGAUCAGCCAGCCAAAGAACAAGUCCUGAUUCUGAGUCCAGGCGAGACGGCACAAACGGCACAGACAGAUACAGAGGGAGGUGGUGCUGGUGCCGGUGCUGGUGCUGGUGCUCGCAAAAACAGCGACAGCACCCAACCCAGCAUCCAAAUCACAGCCCUCAACUCCUGGGACGACUGGAUCACCACCACCACAGCGACCGACAUCGCAAAAUGCACCGCCUCCAUCCUCUACAGCCCCGAUCCUCAUCCUCAUACGCCCAUCAACCAACCCGUCUACAUCGCCGGCGACACGCUGACGUACGGCGAAUUCGCGGACACGAUUGCCCGGGCUACAGGCCGAUCGGUGACCCGCAGAGUAUGGCCACUCGAGUACCUGCGCGAAGAGAGCCGAGAGGACCCCGAAGAUCAGCUGAAGCGGUAUCGAGUCGUCUUCGCUGAGGGCAGAGGUGUGAGUUGGCCCAAGGAAGAGACGUGGAGCGCGGAAGCUGGGAUCGAGAUGGAAACGGUGGAGGAGUGGGCAAGGAAGAAUCUCACGUGA